AUGGGAACAAUUGAUAACAUAAUUGCUUGCAAGCUUUACCAGCCUGGAUCUGUUGGAUUUGUCUCCAAAUCUGGUAGCAUGUCUAAUGAGCUGUAUAACACCAUUGCCCGUGUAACUGAUGGAAUUUAUGAAGGAGAUGUGUUCCCAGGAUCUACUCUUUCUGAUCAUGUUCUGCGGUUUAACAACAUCCCACAAGUUAAAAUAAUGGUUGUACUUGGUGGACGAGAUGGGUAUUCUCUAGUUGAAGCCCUAAAACAGGGAAAGGUGAGGAACCUUGCUAUGCUGGCGUGCCAAUGUCUUCCAUUGUUGAACAGGGUUAUGGUCAACCAGAUAGGUACAGUGACUGGAUCCAUUAGGGCAGCAUUCGACUCCAAAGCUGCAGGUUGGGGUGCGAUGGUCAGCCACCGAAGUGGUGAAACUGAGGAUAAUCUCAUAGCUGAUCUGUCUGUUGGGCUGGCCAAUGGACAGAUUAAGACCGGAGCUCCUUGCAAAAGUGAGCGGUUGGCCAAGUAUAAUCAGCUUCUGCGCAUUGAAGAGGAACUUGGAAAUGUGCGUUAUGCUGGUGAGGCUUUCAGAUCCCCUUAA